GGCAUUCUCAGCGCAAACACAAGCUAGCAUCAUAGCACUGUUAGCCAUCCCGAUAAUCUCGCUGCUAUGAUCAAAUCGGACUGAACUUUUCCGCAUAUCCACGUUGCCAUCACGGAGCAUUAAACCAAAACAUUAAACUUGCUUAAUUCUUCCGGUAAUCGUUGUUGUUACCUAGCCACGUUACCAAGCUAGCUAACUCAGUACAGCACACGUUAGCAUCACACAGCCAUCAUGGCUGACUUUGGGUUCAACGAGCACCAUCAAAAUGAAAUGAUAAAUUACAUGAGGUUUGCACGUUCUAAAACGGUCCUCAGACUCAAGACGAUCGACUCCUGCUUUGAAGAACUCAAGGACAGCAGGCUGGUGGAGGAGACAUUCACUGUGGACGAGGUGAGGGACAUGUUGGACGGGCUGCAGGUGGUGGUCAGAGGAGAGGUGGAGACAGAGCUCAUAAACACUGCUCAUACCAACGUGCUCCUACUGCGACAACUCUUCACCCAGGCUGAGAAGUUCUACCUGCGCCUCACCUCAGACAUCUCUGAGCUCGAAAACAGGGAGCUGUUGGAACAAGUGGCUGAAUUUGAAAAGACUGACUUCAAAACACCUGAUAAGCCCAACCAAGAGUCAAGUAAACCCAAAUUAGCACCGCUCAAUGAAGGAGGGGUGUCUGAACUUCUUAAUAAGGUAAAUGCCAGACUACAAGAAGAAACUGACAAAAUGAAAGCCAAAUUGCGGACCUUAGAACACAGAGCACUGAGUGCUCUGGACGAGAAAACGAAAGCCGAAAGAGCCCUCAAAGACCUCCAGAAAGUGCAAGGGGAACAGAAGCUCCUGGCCCACUCUCAGGAGAUCAGCUGUCUGGAGGAUACUGUGGCCGCGUUGAAGGAGGACUAUGAGAAGUCCCUAAGUGCCAAUGCCGCUUCUCAGAAGGACCUCCAGGAGAAUCUCAUCUCGGCCAAACAUGAGCUGCUCAGGGUCCAGGAGCAGCUCAGCCUGGCAGAGAAGGAGUUGGACAGAAAGUUCCAGCAGACGGCGGCCUUUCGCAACAUGAAGGAGAUCCUGACCAAGAAGAACGAGCAGAUCAAGGAACUCAGGAAAAGUUUACAAAGAUAUGAACCUGAUGAAUGAACUCAAAGGCUGCUGGGUCUGGGUCAACAACUGAACCAAUGUCUUAUACUGAGGUUUAAAGACAUACUACUCAUUCUGAAGCUACAAGUGGACAAAGAGAAGAGCUCCUCUGAUACAGCUGUUAUUACACAUUAUAUCUGGUAUCUAUAGUAAAACCUGACUGCUAAUAAAGAGCGACAUGGUGAAGUUUGAACUGAAUUAUUUGACAGUGGCAUCAUAUCUGCUUUUGGUGUCCUCUGAUGUGGUACAGUACAGGCUGUUAUGGUACUGGAUGUUUUAGCAUCUCCUACUAUACAC